CGCGGACCUUCUACUGUCAUCUAGCGGAGAGAAGGGGCAAGGGCUCUUCCGCGAGUUAGGCCGUUACCAAGCGACGGAGGCGCGGCGCCGCCUGGCCUAAGGAGGAGGACGCACACUAAAAGAUGCUGGAAAGAGCUGUAACAACGCCGCUUCCUAUUGGCUGAAGAGCUCUCGGCCGUCGCUCUGAGCCAAUGAGCGGAUGCAUGCGGAUGACGUCACACGAGAUGCGCCUCCUCCCCUCCACCCUCUAGCCGAGCGCCUGGCGACCGCCGCAGCCCACGUUAAACUCGUGGGGGUCUCGACGGCCCCUUGUGCGCUUCGCCCCAUGUGUACUUCGCAGCUGGAGCUGCUGCAGGUGUUCUUCCUGAUGCUCCCCGGGGGCGUCUGGCCUCAGCCUGCUUCCUCUCCUUCAGCGCCUGUGCCCACCCCUUCGGACGCGGGGCCGGGGUCGCCGGGCGGGACCCUUCAGUCCUCCUCGGAGGGGUCUGAAACUCCGUGGCCUGUACCUGGGAUCUCUACGUUGGGCCCUACGGCCGUGACCCUCUCUGCACCUGGGAAUGGGACCGUACACCUGUUCCCAGCCUUACCUGUCUGUGUCUGUGACUUGACUCCCGGUACCUGCGACAUAAAUUGCUGCUGCGACAAGGACUGCUAUCUUCUGCACCCGCGAACGGUUUUUUCCUUCUGCCUUCCAGGCAGCGUGAGGUCUUCAAGUUGGAUGUGUGUGGACAACUCUCUUAUCUUCAGGAGUAAUUCCCCAUUUCCUUCAAGGGUUUUCAUGGAUUCAAGUGGAGUUAAGCAGUUUUGUGUCCUUGCGAACAACUCAAAAUUAAACUAUUUCCAGAAGCUCCAGAAGGUCAACGCAACCCACUUCGAGGCCCUGGCUACAGAGUUUGGAGGGGGAUCGUUCACUUCAACAAUCCAAACCCAGUCCCCACCACCUCAUUACAAGGCUGGGGACCCCAUUUUGACUUACUUCCCGGAGUGGUCUGUAAUCAGCUUGCUGAGGCAGCCUGCAGGAGUUGGAGCUGGGGGAUUCUGUGCUGAGAGCAAUCCUGCUGGUUUCCUGGAGAGUAAAAGUACCACCUGUGCUCGCUUCUUCAAGAACCUGACAAGUAGCUGCACCUCGGAUCCAGUCCUCAAUGCUGCCUCUUACUAUAACUUCACAGUCUUGAAGGUUCCAAGAGGUAUGACUGAUCUGCAGAAUAUGAAGUUCCAGGUUCCUGUAACCCUUGUCUCACAAGCUGGUUCUCCUCUCUUGUCUGGAAACACUUGUCAGAAUGUGGUUUCCCAGGUCAUCUAUGAGAUAGAAACCAAUGGGACUUUGGGAAUCCAGAAAGUCUCUGUCAGUUUUGGACAAACCAACCUGACUAUCGAGCCAGGCACUUCCUUACAGCAACACUUUCUCAUUCGCUUCAGGGCUUUUCAACAGAACAAAGCUGCUUCUCUUACUAGUCUUAGAAGUGGGAAUCCUGGCUAUAUUGUUGGGAAGCCACUUUUGGCCCUAACUGGUGAUACAAGUCACUCUAUCACCCUCAUGCAAAGUAAGGGUGAUGGAAUUUGCUCUGUUAAGAGACAUGAAGUACAAUUUGGAGUGAAUGCAAUAUCUGGAUGCAAGUUCAGGUUGAAAAAGAUGGACUGCAGCCACUUACAGCAGGAGAUUUAUGAGACUCUUCAUGGAAAGACCAGCCCAGAACAUGUUGCCAUCUUUGGUAAUGCUGACCCAGCCCAAAAGAGAGAGUGGAUGCGGAUUCUCAGCAGGAACUGCAGUGUUUCAGCUAUGCAUUGUACUUCCUGCUGUGUCAUACCAGUUUCCCUGAAGAUCCAGGUAUUGUGGGCGUAUAUAGGCCUCCAGUCCAACCCACAAGCUCAUGUGUCAGGAACCCGAUUCCUAUACCAGUGCCAAUCCAUAAAGGAUUACCAACAAGUAACAGAAGUACCUUUGACAACUGUUGUGACCUUUGUGGACAUUACCCAGAAGCCAGAGCCUCCAAGGGGCCAACCUAGAAUAGACUGGAAACUGCCAUUCGACUUCUUUUUCCCCUUCAAAGUGGCAUUCAGCAGAGGAGUAGACUCUCAAAAAGGCUCAGCCUCUCCCAUCCUUAUCCUGUGUCUCUUAGUGCUUGGAGUUCUCAAGCUAGAUACCAUGUGAAACAAGGAGAGUCAGUUUUUUAAUUUUCCCUAUGGGAAGUUCUGAGACAGCCUGCUUAUCUUGGCUAAAUGGGUCCGUACCUGCUUGUGACCAGAGGACAACAUUUAAAAUAACAGAGGACCUAACUGAAGGAAUGUUUGUAUAUGAAAGAAGAGAUUUUUGAAAAGCAAUAAAAACAUCAUCUUUGUUAGGGCUCUCUGCUUAGGACUCUGCAGACCACCAAGUACACAUUAGGUUCUCUACUUAUCAAGCUAGGAAGAACCUAAAGUGCCCUUCCUCCAGCCCUUCAGGUUUUGUUAUGCCUGACUAAAGUUUUGCAAAAUCUUCAUCCAUCUGCUCAUAGGCACACUUAGGCCCAGCAUAAAAAGGAACAUGCUCCCGCUAUCCCCCAGAUGAAUUUGGGAACAGAUGCCCUCUGGACUUAAGAGUAACUGUUAGGAACAGAAAACUGCUGGCUAUAGAUUCCAUCUGGCCCCUCCCUACUCCAUUGGGCCACACUCUUUGCCUGGGCAGGAGUAAGGAAAACAGUUCUUUCAGGUCAGUUUCCAAAAUGAUUGAGGAAUCCCAGCCUCCUUUUUUUUGCUAGCAAAUGAUUGAUCCUACUACCCAUUUCUGUAUUUUUCCUUCCUUCCAUUGUGGUGAGUAGAAAUGAAACUGAGAGCUUUGUUGUGCUAAUUCCAGCAGCACACAGAAGCUGACAUGUGAUCACCUCAUGAUUACUUAUCUAUGUGCAUGAGGUUUAAAAAGAAGGAAAAAAUGUCCAUACAUAGCACAAUGGCAUUCAGAUCAAAGUCCUUAAGCUCUUUCCCUGGGAUUAGAGCUAAAUAUAGCAGGAUAGGUGAGAUUGGGAAGGAGGCUGGGAGGGUGGAGGUGAUGCCAGGAGCCAGAGUGUUGGGAGCCUAAAGUGACUAUAGUAGAAACACUGAAUGGGCAAAAUAGACUCUAAGAUGGGGUCAAUAACAUGGGAGCUCAUCAUAUAGGGACUUGAAAGCCAGGCAGAGAGAACUGAAAAUAGUCUACUUAUUUUUUUUUACAACAUAUUAAAGAUCUGAAUCUAGAAUUGCCUUUUAAUAAGCAUAUACUUAGUUAUAAUAAAUCUUAAGUUACAAUGCUAUUGUAAACACCAUCUCUGAUGGGUUUAUCGUUUUUGCCCCAUUCCAAAGUACUCUGUAAGUAACCUACUUCCCUGCAGGAAAGUGGCAAGUUUCUCAUAGCAGUUAUUACCAAACUAGGAGGAAGUGCUGCUGUAAGAGGGAAAUUAUGCACAGGGGGAGUUGGGACCUGGAACGCUGAUGGGGGGUUCCCACUAGAGUCCAUUAUGUAGAUGUUAAUGUUAAUCAGCAACCCUGCCUCCAAAGAGGCCUGUACCAAACCAGACCACAAAGCUACUAGAGUAUUUAGGGUCUCCAGUUUGGGCUUCCUAAAGAGGAAAAAACUUCCGUGACAAUUCAUUCCAUAUUAUGGGGUAGGGCACAUCUAACUUACUCCUGACAGUCUACAAGUUCUCAAAAUCUGGUCCCUUUAUUUCUUUAUUCACAUGCUUAUUUCCGUGCCCCUGUGCUAUGAAACCAUUCUAUGCCUCUACCAAAAAAAUUUAUUAUUAUUUUUUAAAGAUUUUAUUUAUUCAUAGAGACACAGAGAGAAUGAGAGGCAAAGACACAGGCAGAGGGAGAAGCAGGCUCCAUGCAGAGAGCCCAAUGUGGGACUCGAUCCAGGAUCUCCAGGAUCACGCCCUGGGCUGCAGGCAGUGCUAAACCACUGCACCACCGGGGCUGCCCUACCAAAAAAAUUUAAAUGUAACUCACAUAUCAUAAAAGCCACCCUUUUAAAGUAUACAAUUCAGUGGUAUUUCAGUAUAUUUCAGUGACGUAAUCAUCACCACUAAUUCCAGAACAUUUUCAUCACCCUAAAAAGAAAGCCCAUACUGAUUAGCAGUCCCUUCCCAUUUCCCCUUUCCCCAGGUUCCUUAGCAGUCACAAAUCUAUUUCCUCUAUAUAUAGAUUUGCCUAUAAAUGAAAUCAUACAAUAUGUGACCUUUUCUGUCUGGCUUCUUUCACUUAGCAUAUUUUCAAGGUUCCUGUUGUAGCAUGAAUGAAUAAUAUUCCAGUGUAUGAAUAUACCACAUUUUAUUCAUCAGUUGAUGGACACUUGGGCUGUUCCUACUUUUUGGAAGUUAUGAUUAAUGUUGCUUUGAACAUUCAUGUACAAGCUUUUGUGUGGACUUAAGAUUUUAUUUAUUUUGAGUAUAUACCUAGGAGUGGAAUUUCUGGAUAAUAUGGUAACUCUGUGUUUAACUUGCUGAAAAAUUGCCAAAGUGGAAAUCCUACCAGCAGUGAAUGAGUAUUCCAAUUUCUCCACAUUUUGCCAAGACUUGUUAUUGUCAUUUCUUAUUUUAGCCAUCCGAGGGAUAUACAAUGGCAUCACUUGUGCUCUACCAUGCCUUUUUAAAGUGUAGUACAUGGAGAUCUUACACCAGAAAUCAGCAUCUUUGCUUUUCCAAGUGAAGAAUACCUCAAGUGUUCUCUUCCUUUCUGCUAAUUUAAUUAGCUUGUAAACCUAGUUUCCAAUUACUAGGCUACUUAAUGUACUUUAGAUAAGAUUUUAUGGUUAUCUCUAGUCACUGUCCUAGUAACAGACCUUCAAGACAUUUUUAUUUUAUUUAUUUAUUUGUUUAUUUUAAAAUUUUAUUUAUUCACGAUAGACAGAGAGAGAGGCAGAGACACAGGCAGAGGGAGAAGCAGGCUCCACGCAGGGACUCCAGGAUCGUGCCCGGGCCAAAGGCAGGCUCCAAACCACUGAGCUACCCAGGGAUCCCCUUUCAAGACAUUUUAAAACCAUCUAUAGAACAAUGCAGUCUUAGUUCCCUUCCUUUAUCUAUACAGGCUAUCAGCUAUUUGACUUACUGCACAAAAGGUCUGUAUUGUAACCAUGCAUUCGAUUUAAGGGAAAAGUUUUAUUGUAAAGGACUAUGUACAAUUUGGAUAGUAUGAAAGUGAAAAACCAGGCAGACAUUGUAGGUGUGGAGAAACAGGUACUCUCAAAAACUUUUUUGGGAAUAUAAACAAGUAGAAACUUGAAGAGAAGGGCAGAUAACUAUUUGAUAAUAUGUAUCAAAAACCUUAAAACUGUUUAUAAACUUUGAUCUAACAAUUCCACUUAGUGGACAUUACUGAGGAAGGAAAAAUAUCCAACAGUAUGAUCUUUUUCUAAGUGAACAAAACAGACUACAAAAUAGAGCAUCUAUACUGUGAUCUCAUUUUUUAAAAAACAAAAGCAAUACAUGUAUACUUAGACAAACAAAAAAAGUUUGGAAAGCUAGCAUGUCAAAAUGGAGAUUUUUAAAAAAUAGUAAGUGCUCCUUAUUUUUAUAAUCAGAGAAAAUAAAACUAUAUUUUGAAGAAAAUAUAUGUUCUCCAAAAACUUAUUUUGAAGACAAUAUAUGCUCUCGUCUACAUUGGGGUGCCUGGGUGGCUCAGUUACUUAAGUGUCUGCCUAUAGCUCAGGUCAUGAUCCCAGGGUCCUGAAAUUGACCCCUACAUCAUAAUUCUCCCCCACCCUCUACCCCUCCCCCUUCUUGUGUGCGCGCUCUCUCUCUCUCAAAUGAAUAAAUAAGAUAUUUUAGGGACGCUUGGGUGGCUCAGCAGUUGAGCUCCUGCCUUCAGCCCAGGGGGUAAUCCUGGAAUCCUGGGAUCGAGUCCCACAUUGGGCUCCCUGCAUGGAGCCUGCUUCUCUCUCUCACAGCCUGCAUGGAGCCUGUGUUUCUGCCUCUCUCUGUG